GAGCUGGAUCUCACAGGAAAUUAUCCUGGACAAUCAGAAGUGAAGGAGCUCAAUGAUUUACUACAGGAUGGACUCUGUUCAUUAAAAACCAUCAGGUUUUUGAAAAGUCCUGCUGCAGAGGAAGCAUGUGAGUAUCUCACUGGAGUUCUGGGUAAAAGUCCAUUACUACUGAAAGAACUGGAUCUGAGUGGAGAUAAAUUAGGAGAUCUGGAUGAAGAGAAACUCUCUGCUCUUUUGAUGGACUCUCAUAGCAAACUGGAGAAAAUAAUGCUGAAUAAUUGUGAGCUGACAGAGAAAAGCUGUUCAGUUCUAGCUACUGUUCUCUCCUCCAAAACCAUCCUGAAAGAGAUGAACCUGAACAACAGUCGUCUGCUGGAUUCAGGAGUCAAAGAGAUCUGUGAGGGACUGAAGAAUCCUGUGUGUGAGCUGAAGAUACUGAAGUUAAGCAGCUGUGAAAUGACAGAUGAAGGUUGUUCUGCUGUGACUUCAGCUCUGAAAUCAAACCCAUCACACCUGAGAGAACUGAACCUGAACUGGAAUAAACUAGGAGACUCUGGAGUGAAAAACCUCAGUGAUCUACUGAUGAACCCACAAUUUAAGCUGGAGAAACUAGAUUUGUAUGAUUGCAGUAUUACAGAGAAACAGUGUCUCAUCCUGACUUCAGCUCUGAAAUCAAACCCAUCACACCUGAGAGAACUGAACCUGAGUGUGAAUCAACUAAAAAACAAAGGAGUGAAUCACUUAUGUGACGUACUGAAGGAUUCACACUGUAAACUGGAGAGACUGAGGUUAAGAAGCUGUAAAAUGACAGAUGAAGGUUGUUCUGCUGUGACUUCAGCUCUGAAAUCAAACCCAUCACACCUGAGAGAACUGAACCUGAGCAGGAAUAAACUAGGAGACUCUGGAGUGAAAAACCUCAGUGAUCUACUGAUGAACACACAAUGCAAGCUGGAGAAACUACAUCUGUAUCAUUGCAGUAUUACAGAGAAACAGUGUCUCAUCCUGACUUCAGCUCUGAAAUCAAACCCAUCACACCUGAGAGAACUAGAGCUGAAUUGGAAUAAACUAGGAGACUCUGGAGUGAAAAAUCUCAGUGAUCUACUGAUGAACACACAAUUCAAGCUGGAGAAACUAUAUCUGUGGGAUUGCAGUAUUACAGAGGAACAGUGUCUCAUCCUGACUUCUGCUCUGAAAUCAAACCCAUCACACCUGAGAGAACUGAACCUGAGCUGGAAUAAAAUAAAAAACACAGGGGUGAAUCACUUAUGUAAUGUACUGAAGGAUUCACACUGUAAACUGGAGAGAUUGAGUCUUUAUGAUUGUGGAAUUACAGAUGUUUCUUCUUUAACUCAGUGUUUGACAAACACAAAAGCACUGCAGUUUCUAAAAUGGCUUAAUCUGAGUAAGAAUAAGAUUGGAGACUCAAAGCAGCAGCUCAUUGAUGUGUUACGAGACUCAAACUGUAAACUGAGUUUUGAUAGAGAUCCAUUACCGGAAGUCCCUGGUGGUUCAAUUGCAAGAAAUACCUGGAGUUUAAUCAACAAAAGAUGAUAAAUGCUGUAUAUCAUAAUUUGAAGUCAUCUUGAGAGGAGCAGUAAACAUCAGGUGAGGAUCCACAGAAGAGCUUCACUACUGUGUCUAUGAGGAGAAAGAAAUGUGUGAUAAAUGUGUGAAUGUGAUCCAUACAGGUGAAGAGACUCAGACUUUACAAUCAAAUAAUGCAGCAUGUGUGUUAGAAACAUGUGAUAUUGAAUGAUUAAUGUUGCUUUAGUAUUCAAGUGAUCAUUUUGUUUAAUUUGAAGCUGGAACAGAGGAGGAAGAAGCUCAGAUGAGUCUGUCUGGCUCUUCAGUUUAAUAAUAUUUGUAUUAAAAUCAUCCAUAAUGAUUCAGAUGUUUAAAUGAUGUGUAAAUAAAAGAUGGAUUGUGCAGUUUUGACAGAUUAAUUGAUUAAAACAGGAGUUUUCACAUACAGUGAGUUUGUGCUGAACUUACUGACGGCUUCAGUGAAUUAUAAAUGCUGUGCCUUU